AUGGCGAACCCAAGUCAAAAGCCCGGCCCGCCCAAUGUGACCGGAUCCGGCCCGGUGAGGCUGAGGCAGAUUGCGCUUGUUGCUCGGGAUCUCCAAAAAGCAAAGGAGCUAUUGACAAGCGUGCUCGGCACGGAAGUCAUCUACGUGGAUCCCCAAGUGGCUCAAUGGGGGCUCGAAAACUUCCUGGUUGCCGUUGGUGGAGAGGUGAUUGAGGUGGUCUCUCCUACCAAAGAAGGGACAGCCGCCGGUCGCACGCUGAGCAAGCGAGGCGAUGGAGGGUACAUGGUGAUCAUGCAGCAUCCGGAUGCCGAGAAGCGGAAACAGUAUAUCGAGAAGAAUGGGUUUGCGAAGGUGAUCUUUAAUCACCGCGAUGAGGGAAGUGUCUGUUACCAAUACCAUCCGAAGGGGAUCAAAGGCGGCGUCAUACCCGAGCUCGACUCGGAGUUCGUCACCGAAUCCAACCCGGAUCCUCUCAAGACGCGCUUCUCUCCAUGGCAUCCUUGCGGACCGGACAAGGAGGCAUACAUUGCUGGCAUGAAACGAAAUGCGCACCUCUCUCUUCUCGGGGUUGUUUGCCGCCUGGCGCCCGGCGAUGGCAAUGGUGAGGAGGCCGCUACGCAAUGGGAGAAGAUCUUUGGGGUUCCGCGGAGUCGAGAUCUCAUCGCUUUCACCAAUGCUCGCAUCGGCUUCAUGCGUGGCGAGGAGGGCAAGCCGGAUGGGAUUACGAGCAUUUCGAUUGGGGUGAAUAGCGAUCGCCGGCGGAGCGAGAUUUAUCGUGUGGCGGAGGAACGAGGAUUGCUGAAGAACAAUGCAGGAAUCACCUGGAUCGAAAUGUUUGGGAUCAGGUGGUACUUUAGUCUUACUACCAACAGCGGCGAGGGAAGUGGAAGCAAGCUAUAG